AUGGCAGAAAUCCCUAAAACAUCUUCACAAAUUUCUAAGCUCGAUAUCCCUGGGAUGUCCAAGCUCCGUAAACAACUAGCGAAAAUCCCAAUCGAAGUGCCAGAUAUUUCAUUAAAACUUGACCACUACAAAAAAUCUCUUGAUUUCAAGUAUUUUUAACACAGAUCUGAAUUUCUUAAUAGCCAUAUCCUAAAUAGCUCUUUUUCUCCUGAAUUAAUAGAAAGAGACAAAAUUUAUACUAGCAAAGCUAUAGAGCUCCAACAAGUAAUUGGUGUAGAAAUUGGAAAAAAGUUCAGACAACGAUAUAUAGAAGAGCUUUUAAAACAUGAUAGUGAGGUCCGAGAUGUUUUAUACCCUUCUAUACAAAUUUACCAUACAAAAUUUAUUGAUAAAUUAUUAAAAAUAAAAAAAAAUUGUUUUAAUAAAAAGAUUAUCUAAUUUUGACAGCUGGGAGCUGAAAAACACUUAUAGAAGAAUGAACAGAAAUAAGCUAAAAAGCAAAUUUGAAGUAGAAAAUUUUCGAUAUAAAACACAGCGGCUCAGUGUUGAUGUGUUGAGAAAGAAAGCAAAAUCAGAAAUACAAAAAAAUGAAAGAGAAAUUUUGAUUAAAAGAAAUGAUUGGAAAGAAAAUGAAUUUGUAAGAAGAAACAAGAUCAGCGAAAUGAGAGAUAAAGAGACCAGCUUUUUAACACAAAUGGAAUCUUUAUAA